UCCACACCUCUCUCUUCCGGAAAGAAGAGGGAACAGGGUACGGUGAAACUCAUUACGAGCCGUACUUCUUCAAUUUCCGUGAAAUCAAGGAAACAGAUUCGCGAAAGUAAAGAACAAAAGAAGCUACCAGAACCUAACGCCGCCGUGUCGCCGCCGGACCAUGUACAGGAGUCGGUCGGCGCGAUCCGCCUCGUUCCAUGACCCUGGGACUCGAUUCGCCGAGUCCGAGAGGAUUGAAGGCGCCGGAAGCUGGGACGCCCUUGAAUGGACCAAAAUUGAACCAUUUUCGAGGUCGGUGUCGCAGGGAAUUAAGAAGUUCUUGCUUCCAGCUGAGCAGGUCAUUGUAGAGGGAAAUGGCAUUGUUCUUGUUAACACCGAUGAAGCUGGAACCUUAUUUGUUACAAAUUUUCGACUUCUAUUUUUGAGUGAAGGAUCAAGGGACAUCAUUGCACUGGGCACUAUAGCACUGGCAACUAUUGAGAAGUUUAACAAAAUGGUUAUGAAGCUUCCCUCUGCUGCUCGUCAGUCAGACAAGAAUCCAUCCCGGCGCCUGCUUCAGGUCAUAGGCAAAGAUAUGAGAAUAAUUGUAUUUGGUUUUAGGCCUCGAACAAAGCAGAGACGUGCAGUAUACAAUGCAUUAUUGAAGUGGACAAGGCCAACAAGACUCUGGGAUCUCUUUGCUUUUGUUUCUGGCCCUUUAAUGUUCUGUAACAUGGAUCCAAAAGUUCGAUUAUUGAAUGAGUACUUCCGGCUCCUGGGACUAGGAACAUAUCAUGCUUCAGUUAGUUCCAUUGAAGAUGUAUCUUUCACAUUGUCUAAUGAGUUGUGGAGAAUAAGCAGCGUGAACUUUAAUUAUUCAAUGUGUUCGACCUAUCCAUUUGCCUUGCUUAUUCCAAAGUCUAUCAGUGAUGAUGAGAUUCAGCAGGCAUGUACAUUUCGUGCACGUUGUAGGCUUCCAGCAAUUACAUGGUGUCAUCCAGGAACUGGGGCUGUUCUAGCACGCUCAUCUCAACCACUUGUUGGCCUCAUGAUGAAUCUCAGAAGUAACACUGAUGAGAAGCUAGUUGCUGCGCUCUGCACUCAAUUUGCUGGAGGGCAGCGGAGGAAACUAUACAUUGCUGAUGCAAGGCCAAGAAAAAAUGCUCUUGCAAAUGGGGCAAUGGGAGGUGGAUCUGAGUCAUCUUCAAAUUAUUUUCAAUCUGAGAUUGUUUUCUUUGGGAUAGACAAUAUACAUGCAAUGAGAGAGAGUCUAGCCCGGCUAAGAGACUACUUGGAUACUCAUGGGACUACCUCAUCAGAUGGAAUGUCAUCAUUUUUGAGGCAUGGUGGAUGGACAUGGGGAGGUGGUAAUCUCAGCAGUAUGUCUGCUUCAGUUUCAACUCUUGGAGAUACUGGUUGGUUAAUACAUGUCCAAAGUGUCCUAGCUGGUUCCGCUUGGAUUGCUGCACGCGUUGCACUGGAAUCAGCUUCAGUGCUUGUUCAUUGCAGUGAUGGAUGGGACAGAACAACACAACUGGUAUCACUUGCCAGCUUGUUGCUUGAUCCAUAUUACCGGACAAUUAAAGGAUUUCAGGCACUUGUGGAGAAAGAUUGGCUUGCAUUUGGUCAUCCAUUUUCAGACCGUUCCGGAUUGCCAACCUUAUCUGGAAGUGGUAACAUGCCUUCUGAAUUAACUAGACAGGUUUCUGUUGGGAGCAUAUCACCCCUUCGCCAAACGUCGAGCUCUUCUGCAUCUCAGACUCAAAAUUCUUCACAUGGGCAAAACAAUUGUUCCCCCAUUUUCUUACAGUGGGUUGAUUGUGUUUCACAGCUUUUGCGGAUGUAUCCUUGUGCCUUUGAGUUCUCCUCGGCAUUUUUGGUAGAAGUCUUGGAUUGCAUGCUUUCUUGUCGCUUUGGAAACUUCUUGUGCAAUAGUGAGAAGGAAAGGCAACAGGCGAGUAUUUCUGAUGCUUGUGGAUGCCUAUGGAUGUAUUUGGCUGAUUUACGGGCUUCAGAAGGAAGUUUGCAUGUACAUUACAACAUUUUCUACGAUCCUUUAAAACAUGGAGGGGCACUACUACCGCCAGCUGCAGCUUUAGCUCCCACAGUUUGGCCUCAGUUUCAUCUUCGAUGGGCCUGCCCAUCAGAGGCUCAAGUAGGUGAGGUCGAAGCACAGUGUAGGAGCCUGACUAAGAGAUUCUCUGAGAUGCAGAAGGCAAAAGAAGCCGCAGAAGCUAGAAUGAAAGAAAUGAGUGCGGAGAUGAAAUCUUUGAGUGUAGAGUUGCAGAGUGAGAAACAUGUGAGUAGCUCUGCUAGGGAUUCGGCAAAGAGAGCCAACAGGGAGUGUGUAGCUAUAAAGCGGGCAGUGCAAUCACUAGGCUGUAAAGUUUACAUCUCAGCAGAUGGUGACUGCAGUGUUGGUAUCGAGAGCAACGCAACAGAAAUUCCUCAAAACUCUCUUUACACAUCUUCAAGACACGAAAAAGAUGGUUCUUUCCAGCUUGAUGAUAACUCGGAUCAUUCCAGGUCAGUUACCAUCAUGCCAGAUGACCCUCCCGACAGUCGAUUCGCCCAAGUAUGUGAAUCUUUAUGCCCUAUGCGCACAAGGGAAGGAGGCUGUAGGUGGCCUAAUGCUGGUUGUACCCGGUUCGGGAGCCAAUUCGUUGGAUUAAAAGCAAAUUUUGAAGCAUUUGACCGGCUUUCUAUAUACGAUAGUUAUUUUGAAUCGCAAUAGAAUCAGAUAUUGACGCAGGAGCCAUAAGUGUUUCAUUGACAUUAUCAUUCAGCCAUGUUAUGCUGAGAUGAGCAUUUCUGCAGGAUGAGAUUUUGAGAGGAGAUGGAUGGUAUCAACUAUCAAGUAACGAGGGACUGUAAAUACAGAAGCGAUUUAGGUCUUCUGAGUUUUGGACAUUGUGGAGCCUCACCACCCCCAAGACGCUAACGACUGAAGGAGGUAAAAUGGCAUUUUAGUUCUCUGCCAUUCCUAUUAGUAAUACACCAUUUUUCUUGUCGACAUAGUUUGGGUUACAUAUUUUUCUUCAUACAUUUCUGUAGAUAAGGAUAAAGAUACUAACAUUUUUUAUCCUUAAGUUCUCCAUUUCCUAAUAAGCAAUUCUAGUAUUUAAAAUAAUUUUCACCUGAUGUCAUCUAUAUCCAUGAGGUCCUGGUA